GCCACACUGGCACACAACCGAUCCCUGGGUGUACGCUGCGUCGAGUAUUCUUGGACAAACCCAGUCAUGUCUCAAUUGUCGUUCAAAGGCCAUACAGUGGUUGUCACAGGAGCUGGAGGUGGACUGGGAAAGGCGUACUCGCUGUUCUACGCGUCGCGAGGUGCAAACAUCGUGGUGAACGACUUCAAUCAGGCAGCUGCACAGAAGGUUGUUGACGAGAUCACGAAAGCCGGUGGUAAGGCCGUGGUCAACACCGCGUCUGUGGCAGAUGGGACUGCAGUCAUCAAGACCGCGCUCGAUGCCUUUGGAGGAGUGACCAUCCUCAUCAACAAUGCGGGUAUCCUGCGAGACAAGGGCUUCAAGAACAUGACCGAUCAGGAGUGGGACCAGAUUCAGCAGGUUCACUUGAAAGGUUCCUUCUCGUGCAGUAGAGCCGCUUGGCCUAUAUUCUGCAAACAAGGAUUUGGCCGAAUCGUCAACACUGCAAGCGCUGCAGGGAUCUACGGCAAUUUUGGUCAGGCGAACUACAGCGCUGCGAAGAUGGGUCUCAUCGCGUUCACCAAGACGCUCGCGCUCGAGGGCGCAAGACACGGGAUCAAGGCCACAGUCAUCGCGCCGAUGGCUGCAUCCGCUAUGACAGAGACCAUCAUGCCGCCAGAAAUGCUCGCAAACCUCAAGCCCGAGUUCGUUGCCCCUUUCGUGGCUGCCGUCACCCAUCCCGACGGUAUAGAUGCCUCUGGCAGAAUUUUCGAGGUCGGCGCUGGUUUUAUCGCGGAGGUGCGGUGGGAGCGAAGCAAAGGGGUCGUAUUCAAGACAGAUGCAACAUUCACCCCGUCUGCCGUGCAAGCCAAGUGGGAACAAAUCACGGACUUUGACUCGGAGCCUCAACACCCAACUACUACUCCGGACUUCGACCCAGUCGCUAUCCUCGAGGCAGGCAAGAGGGUCCCUUCGAACGAGCAAGGUGAGGCGGUUCGUUUCGACGGCAAGACGGUCAUCAUCACCGGUGCCGGCGCCGGCCUCGGUCGGGCGUACGCGCAUACCUUCGCUAAGCUCGGUGCGAAUGUCGUCGUGAACGACGUCAGCGAGAAGGCCGCACAGACCGUGGUGAAGGAGAUUACCGGUGCGGGAGGCAAGGCGGUUGCAGCUGUCGUCUCGGCAGAGGAUGGCGAUGCGAUUGUCAAGAUAGCUCUGGAUGCGUUCGGUGGUGUACACAUUCUCGUCGCGAAUGCGGGAGUGGUGCGCCCGAAUGCAUUUGGAUCCAUGACUGACAAACAGUGGGAUGAGGUCCUGGCUGUCCAUCUGCGGUCGGCCUUUAAGUGCGCGAAGGCUGUCUGGCCUAUCUUCCAGAAGCAGAAGUAUGGCCGCAUCGUGACAACCGGCUCCCAAGCUGGCGUUUACGGACUGCCCGGCCUUGCCAACUAUGCAACAGCCAAGGCGGCGACCAUCAGCCUCACGCGAACACUUGCGAUCGAAGGCAGGAAGUACAACAUCCUGGCAAACACCAUCCUACCCUCUGCAGGCGCCAUUGUUGGUCUCGGCCGGCCCGGCAGCAACACCGAUGCGAUCAAGGAAGAAUACAUCGCGCCCCUCGUGGGAUUCUUGUCGAGCGAGGCGAAUGAGGAGACGACUGGCGGGCUCUUCCAGGUCGCCGCGGGGUGGAUUGCGCAGCUUCGCUGGCAGCGCACUGGGGGCCAUGGCUUCCCGGUGAACAAGCCGCUCACCCCGGAGGCUAUAUUCUCGAAGUGGCAGGUCAUCACUGAUUUCGACGAUGGUAGGGCGACGAAUCCGUCGACGACGCAAGAGGCGUUCAUGCAGAUUGCGGAGAACUUCGGUAACGAGUCUGAGGACAGCGGAGAGAGCAGUAGCUCGAGCAGUCCGUACGCCGAUCCAGAAGACGCCGAGCUCGUAGCAGAAGCAAAGAAAACAGUAGAGGACCCGCUCGACUACAGCUACACCGAGCGCGACGUGAUUCUGUACAACCUCGGUGUCGGUGCGACAGAACAGGAGCUGCAGUGGACGUUCGAGGGCGACGAGGACUUCGUGGCUCUCCCCACGUUCGGCGUCAUUCCGCAGUUCGCUGCGAGUGGCGGUAUCUCGUUGGACUGGCUGCCAAAUUACAACCCCGCAAAGCUACUCCAUGGCGAACAGUACUUGGCGAUCAAGGGUCCCAUCCCUACCAGCGGGACAUUUGUCAACCAAGCCCGGUUGUUGGAGGUACUGGACAAGGGCAAAGCCGCAGCGGUGACCUCGAUAACCGAGACCAAGGACAAGGCGACUGGGACGGUGAUCUUUGAGAACCAGUCGACCGUCUUCAUACGGGGUGCAGGAGGUUUUGGCGGUAAACGGACAGGCAAAGAUCGCGGUGCAGCGUCGGCUGCCAACACGCCGCCCCAGCGCAAGCCAGACGCUGUCCUUGAGGAAAAGACGCUGCCGACACAGGCUGCAUUGUACAGGCUCAGCGGAGAUUACAACCCACUCCAUAUACAACCAGAGUUCGCUGCUAUCGGGGGCUUCGACAAGCCUAUCCUUCAUGGACUGUGCUCGUUCGGCAUCUCCGGGAAGCACGUACUGAAGGCAUUCGGCCCGUACAGUGACAUUAAGGUGCGCUUUGCGGGCGUCGUCUAUCCCGGUGAGACUCUCGUCACGGAGAUGUGGAAGGAGGGUAGCAAAGUCAUCUUCACUACGAAGGUGAAGGAGCGUAACGCUGUCGUCCUUGCUGCGGCUGCAGCCACAUUGGUGGAUCAGGGUACUCUCAAGGCAAAGCUCUAAUCUCGUCACAAGAACCUCAACUUAGGAGGAGCAAAGCUCUGACAUCGCGAUUCACUCAUGUAUUCCAGAUGAUAUCCAUCCUGUAUAUAGCUAGCUGUUGUACUCACAUUGUCAUUUUGGAUAAG